AUUAUCCAUGAAAUCCCUUCGAAGAUACAAAAUGGCGGACACACAAGGAUCGUGUGGUUUCAUAUCUCGAGCAAUCAUUUGGUGAUUACAACUCAUGGACCUGAACUUAUGUUUUACAAUGUACCAACAGCAUUUCAGCUUCACAUGAGUAUUAUUGGAUYAUUUAUAGAACUUCUUAAUUUGAUUUAAUUGGGACCUAUUGGUUUGUUUAUACUCGCCGACUUCUCGUUGCCAAGWAAAACAAUAUCAUCUAUACACAAAAAACCUGAAGUUUUCUACAAAUUCUUCAUGCCUUUGCAGUUCGUAUUGCUAAUAGAAUGUUUCUUGUCUCAAACCUAUCAAGAUCUUCAAGUUCUAGGAGUYCAGACUUUAUACGACUUUUUUUAGAAAGUUGGAUCUAACGAGAAAAUCUUAGACAGUAAAUAUGUCAUUACGCACUCGUAUUAAUGGCUUUACAGCCUGGAUAAACUUACGCCUGGCAUCUUCUGGCCAUUUUAUGCAUAAUGUACUGACCGACUUACUAAAGGGGUAUAAUAUGAAAGUUUUAUUGGAAAGCAUGACCGGAAGACCGUUUGAAAAGCUACAAAGUUUUGAGGGACUCACUCAACAACAGAAGACAACUAGAGUUGAGUGGAUUGUUAAGGAGCUCAAAGCUACACAGAUCAUACCAAAGAACACGUUUGUUGAUUCAAGAAUGUUUGCAAUGAGGUCAGCUGAGCAGGUAUUUGAUCUUCUUUGGUGUCUAGUGUGCCAUGAUAUCUGGUACGUAUGGGAAAGAUCAGAAUUUCUCCAGAAAGAAAGUGGGGCAAUUCUUGUAUCUAAGCCUUUUUCAUGGACGCCCCCACYCCCUCCCCCUAAGACACCAACUCAUAARAUAGAAAAGGACAUKUUGCUUGGUUUUGGAUCAAAAUCUCUGAGACGGACUCCAGUUGAAACUCCAGAACCUUCACCAAGUCCAACGAUAACUGAAAGAUCUGAUGACAUGAUAAAGCGAAGAAGGUCUAAAAAUUUCCCUUCACCAGAGUAUUGCAUCCUUGACAUGGUUAAUGCUCACCUAAGGUUGAGCAGAGAGGGCCGAAAACUGACCAGGGGGAUCAUGAGCUUGGAUGAUCUUACUGAUAGCCGUGUUUUGUGUGCUCUCGUUAAUACAUUCGUACCAGAGACAUUCACGACUGAGAUUCUCUUGAAUGACAGAUGGACCAUCAACCUUGCACUUCAGACUGCCAAUGCAAUGUUUAAGUCAUCAAAUCCAUUUGACUCACAGGAUCUUGUGGAGGGAGAUGUGAUGUCAGUCUGUGCUUAYUUUGCAUUUUUCUUCAUGAGUGGGUAUAAGUUUCGGCAGUCAAAAGCCAUGUUGAAGCGUCUUGAUGAGUUGAAUGUCUUGAAAAUUGGUGUGAAAGAUGAGAUUGAACAGUUCCCAGAAUUUGUCACCAACAUGAAGGAUUUGAAAAGRAAGAAAGAACUGGAAAACUUGAUUGUGGAUUAUGACGAGGAGAUAGAGAUGAUUGAACAGAAUUAUGAUGUCACAAAGUGYGCAGCUUGGAUCAAGGAAGUAGCUGAAAUACAAAAUAAGUGUCGAGCUGCAGUAUCAAAGAAGAUCGUGGAACGUUUCGAUAUUGUCAGAGUACCACGAAACACCACCAUUAAUGACCUGGCCAUCGAGAUGGUUAUCAACCUAAGCCUGACGUGUGGCACAGGUUUCUACAGCAGCAAAUCCAAUGAAAGCGUCUGGAAGGGUCGUAAGUUGGUCAUCAGAGACAAAAAUACUAAUGCGUUUUAUGACGAUUUUUCUGGUGGUGCUGACCAAAAAAACACAGUCCGUCAAAUGCUUGGACUUGAUGAAGAUAAAGUAGUUGACAUCAAUUCAUCAGARUACCCAGAGCUAGAGAUUUUCUUUGAGAGUUCUUCGCGUAACAAGAUGUUGAAGGCAGGUUCUUUAUUCGUUUACCAAGUGUUCCCUGGUACAACGUCCCAGUGUCAACGACUUCUCUUCAAAGCCGCGAAAGAUGGCGAACUUGAUGUUGUUCAGAAACUUGUAGCGUUUUUCCACUUGGACAAGACGUUCGUUGACUCUCGAGAACACAGUUCUGGUAACACUGCUCUUCAUCUGGCCUGUCGSCAUGGACACAUCGAUAUYGUCACGUACCUCCUGGAAAAUGGCGCCAAAGUGGACGCGUUGAACCAUCAUCUUAAUACUCCAUUCUUCCUGGGUACAGAAAGCCUACAGAAAGAUAUCUGCCAGUUAUUAAUCGAGUGGGGAACUGACGUGAACAAGAGAAACAGAAACAGCAAGACGGCAUUUGAACUGAUGCGCCAUUACGAGUUGAGGACAUUCUUAGAGCUCAAGUACAAAGAAUGGUCUACGAUUGUUCCCAAGCUGAUUGCAGGUGAUAUGGAUUGCUUGGCAGAGAUCAUUGCUGCGCAUCAUCGUAAAGAGAAUAUCAUGGCUAGUCUCAAGAGUAGGUGCGUCAGUGGAAGUACUCUACUCCAUACUGCUGCAUUCUUUGGUAACAUUCCAAUAAUCAAGUCUUUAUUUGCUGAGGGUCUCCAAGUCAACCUGUUGGACUACAAAGGCGCUACGCCUUUACACCGAGCUAAGAAUGCAGAUACUGUCGAUCUUCUUCUUGAAGCCGGCGCAAGUCUUGAUGCGGUUGACUUUGACGGGAAUACACCUCUGCACGUCAAAUGCUACGGAGAAACUGGCGAGCCUACUGAUCUCGAAUGCAUUGAAAAAAUGUUGAUGAAGGAAGCACCGUUGACAAUAAGGAACGAAAGGGGACUGAUGCCUGUUCAUUGUUGCGCUAUGCAGGGAAGGAUUGACGCKAUCAAUGCUCUUAUGUUCUUUGAUACUGAAGGGAAAGUUAGAUUGAGUCUCGAGAUGGAAGAUGAGACAACACYUCCGAGUCUACCUCAUCUGGCCAUCGCAAACGAUCAUCUUGAUUGCGCUGCGUGGUUGGUGGAAAAGAAUUUCCAAUUCAAGGAAAAUGAGACUGACAUCCUUGUUCAUAAGAUUUUACUAGAGCAGGUCCCUUGCACGAAACGCAUGGAAACAAUUCGUUUCCUGCURGAGCAAGGAGCUUCAGUUAACCCGUCAUAUCCCGCGGGAAAUACGGCUCUGCAUCUYACUGCGGGAUUGUCCAACGCGUCGGACGUCUUGGAGYUGUUUCUAUGCUUUGGCGCGGAUGUAGACGCUGUUAACGAGGAUCUUUGUUCACCGUUGUUCUACGCAACACAGGCCAACAACAUGUUUGCUGCAAGUGUGCUGAUAGAACAUKGCGCWAAUGUGCGAUCACGAAACUUGCAGGGUCUAACAGCWUUUGAUUUUAUCACAGACUUUGAAGAAUGGAUCGAUUGUGGUUAUUUCAGUGAAGAGAUCAAGGCAAGACUGAAGGCUUAUAGUCUGAAGCAUGCUAGAGACUUGGUACGAGCGAUAACUAAGAAGGUUCAAAGUGUAAGCCAGUAUUCGAAUUCAUUGAGACAGUCCUAUCCUGCAUUUAUGCCUCAGACAAGUAGUGAUAGAAGAGCACUGGUAUUACCUCCCAUUAACAAGAAUUCAUCUUAUUAAAAGUCCCUAGUCCUAUCCUGGAUUUAUACAUCAGAAAGUAGUGACCGGAGAGCACAUUGAAAACGUUAGUUACAAAUUAAUCAGAAUUUUAUCAACCAACUUUUUUUUUUUCUUUUUUUACAAUCAGCUAACUUAACAAACAGGUAGAGAUAAAGGACACAGGUGCCCUAAUUUAAAUAAAAUAUCUUUCUCAGCCCCUUCUUUUUCAAGAAGGGGUUAAGAAAUCUCUCGCGCACAUCAUUGUUUUCUUCRAAUAAAACAGAUUGUUUUCUCGAGA